UAUCAAAUGUAUGAACGUUUCUGAAAAUGGAUAUAUAGCAUUUUGGAAUGAAACUCUUCUUAUGUUUCCCAUCUGAGCUCAGAGUAGAUGAGAGAUGUAAUGUUUGUCUCUGUUGUGUUGAAGUCCAAUCAAGCAGGAGAGACCAGCCUCCCCUGUACCCAGCUGUGUGUCCAUGAAAAGUGACGGGUCUAUGGAUCGUCCUAUAUCCUUUAGAGAGGGAGACUUUUCUACUGAACAAAGUCCAAUCAAGCAGGAGAGACCAGCCUCCCCUGAACACAGCUGUGUGUCCAUGAAAAGUGACGGGUCUAUGGAUCGUCCUAUACUAUUUAGAGAGGAAGACUUUUCUACUGAACAAAGAAACCAACAGGAGAGUUUAGAGAUUCUCAGUAGUCAGUCUUCCCAGAGUCAUCAAACAGACCUGGCCUCCAUAUUCAGUUUGCUUGAAGAGAAAAUUAUGACAUUUGUGAAGAACGAACUGAAGAUGUUCAAGAGGAUUCUUAGUCCAGAACUCCCAGAAGGCUUUGAGAGUCAGAAGCAGGAAGUGGUGGAUGCUGAAGAUGAGAAGCAGGAGAGCAGUGCCAGAGAGGGGGCUCUGAAGAUCACACUGCACGUCCUGAGGAAAAUGAACCAGAAGGAGCUUGCUGACACACUGGAGAAAUAUUCAGAUGAUCCUGCUGUGAUUUGCCAACGUGAACUCAAAUCUAAUCUAAAGAAGAAGUUUCAAUGUGUGUUUGAGGGAAUCGCUAAACAAGGAAACCCAACACUUCUCAAUAAGAUCUACACAGAGCUCUACAUCACAGAGGGUGGAACAGGAGAGGUCAAUAAUGAACAUGAGCUGAGACAGAUUGAGACAACAACCAGGAAACAAGCAAGACCAGAGACUGCAAUCAAAUGUAACGACAUCUUCAAACCCUUAACUGGACAAGACAAACCUAUCAGAACUGUGCUGACAAAGGGAGUCGCUGGCAUUGGAAAAACAGUCCCUGUGCAGAAAUUUAUACUGGACUGGGCUGAAGGAAAAGCAAAUCAGAAUAUCAAAUUUGUAUUUUCAUUCCCUUUUCGGGAGCUGAAUUUGAUGAAAGAGGACAAACACACCUUCAUUGAACUUCUUAAUCACUUCUCAAUGGAAACCAAACAUUUAAGAAUCUCCAUCUACAACAAGUACAAAGUUCUGUUCAUCUUUGAUGGUCUGGAUGAGUGCCGACUGCCCCUAGACUUCAAGAAUAACAAGAUCUGUUGUGACGUCACAGAGUCAACCUCAGUGGAUGUUCUGCUGACAAAUCUCAUCAAGGGAAAUCUGCUUCCCUCUGCUCUCCUCUGGAUAACUACCCGACCUGCAGCAGCCAAUAAGAUCCCUUCAGAGUGUGUUGACCAGGUGACAGAGGUACGAGGGUUCAAUGACCCACAGAAGGAGGAGUACUUCAGGAAGAGAUUCAGUGAUGAGGAAAUGGCCGGCAGAAUCAUCUCACACAUAAAGACAUCAAGGAGCCUUCACAUCAUGUGCCACAUUCCAGUCUUCUGUUGGAUUUCUGCAACAGUCCUUGAACACAUGCUGAAACAUAAGAGAGAAGAGAUGCCCAAGACUCUGACUGAGAUGUACACACACCUUGUGGUGUUUCAUACCAAACAGAAGAAUGAAAAGUAUUUUGGGAAUGAAGAGACAGGUCCACACUGGAAUAAAGAGAGCAUUCUGUCACUGGGAAAAUUGGCUUUUCAACAGCUUGUGAAGGGCAAUCUGAUUUUCUAUGAAGAAGACCUGAAAGAGGCUGGCAUUGAUGUCAAUGAAGCCUCAGUGUAUUCAGGAUUGUGCACACAGAUAUUUAAAGAGGAAUGUGGGCUGUACCAGGACAAGGUGUACUGCUUUGUUCAUCUGAGCAUUCAGGAGUUUCUGGCUGCUGUAUAUGUGUUCCUCUCAUUCAUCAACAACAAUGAGAAUCUAAUGGACAAACUGCAAACAAACAACGACCCUGAAGUUACUUUCUACAAGAGUGCUGUGGAUAAAGCCUUACAAAGUGAGACGGGAAACCUGGACCUUUUCCUCCGCUUCCUUCUGGGCCUCUCACUGGAGUCCAAUCAGAAGCACUUACGAGGUCUACUGACAAAGACAAGAAGCAGCUCACAGAGCCAUGAAGAAACAGUCAAGUACAUCAAGGAGAAGAUCAGGGAGAAUCCCUCUCCAGAGAGGAGCAUCAAUCUGUUCCACUGCCUGAAUGAACUGAAUGACCAUUCUCUAGUGGAGGAGAUCCAAAGCUACCUGAGAUCAGGAAGUCUCUCAAAACCCAACCUGUCACCUGCACAGUGGUCAGCUCUGGUCUUUGUGUUGCUGACUUCAGAAAAGGAGCUGGAUGUGUUUGACCUGAAGAAAUACUCCAGAUCAGAGGAAGGUCUUCUGAGGCUGCUGCCAGUGGUCAAAGCCUCCAGAGCUGUUCUGCUGUCAGGCUGUGGAGUCACAGAGGAAGGCUGUGCUUCUCUGGUCUCAGCUCUGGAGUCAAACCCCUCACACCUGAGAGAGCUGGAUCUGAGUAACAAUGACCUGAACGAUUCAGGAGUGGAGCUGCUCUCUGCUGGACUGGGGAAUCCCCACUGUAAACUGGAGACUCUGAGGCUGUCAGGCUGUCUAGUCACAGAGGAAGGCUGUGCUUCUCUGGUCUCAGCUCUGAGGUCAAACCCCUCACACCUGAGAGAGCUGGACCUGAGCUACAAUCACCCAGGAGACUCAGGAGUCAGACUGCUCUCUGCUGGACUGGAGGAUCCACACUGCAGACUGGAGAAACUCAAUGUGGAACAUGGUGGAGAGAACACAAUGAAACCUGGGCUUAGAAAAUAUGUCUGUGAUCUCACACUGGACCCAAACACAGUAAACAGACGCCUCUCUCUGUCUGAGGAGAACAGAAAUAUGACAUGGAGGACAGAGGAGCAGCCGUAUCCUGAUCACCCAGAGAGAUUUGAGGACUGGGGACAGGUGUUGUGUAGAGAGGGUCUGACUGGGCGCUGUUACUGGGAGGUAGAGUGGAGUGGGGGAGGGGCUGUUAUAGGAGUGACAUAUAAAGGAAUCAACAGGAGAGGAGGGGGUUAUGACUGUUGUCUUGGAUAUAAUGACAAGUCCUGGAGUCUGACCUGCUCUGACAACAGUUACAUUGCCAGUCACAAUAAUAAUUCUUCUACCAUCAACGUCAACUCCUCCAGAUCCCACAGAGUAGGAGUGUAUCUGGACUGGCCAGCAGGCACUCUGUCCUUCUAUAGAGCCUCCUCUGACACACUGACCCACCUGAUCACAUUCACCUCCACAUACACUGAGUCCCUCUAUCCAGGGUUUCAACUUUAUGUUGAAGGCUCCUCAGUGUCCCUGUAAUAACCUGACAAACACACUUGACACACACACAAACUUGACACACACACACACACUUGACACACACACACUUAACACACACACAAACUUGACACACACACACACACACACACAAACACACACACACACACACACUUGACACACACACACUCACACACAAACUUGACACACACACAAACUUGACACACACACACACACUUGACACACACACACUUGACUCACACACAAACUUUACACACACACACACACACACACACACACACACACACACACACACACACACACACACACACACACACACACACACACACACACACAGUUGACACACACUCACACACACACACACACACACACACUAGACACACACGCACUCAACGGACACACACACACACACUUGUUACACACUGUACACACACACACAAUCGACACACAAACACACUGACACACACUGGACACACACACACUAACACAUACACACACACUGGACACAUACACACUGGACACACACACACACUAGACACACACACACACACACACACACACACACACACACACACACACACACACACACACACAUACACUCACUGGACAUACACACACACUGGACAAACACACACACACACACACACACACAGACACACACACAUACACUCACAGGACAUACACACACACUGGACAAACACACACACACACACACACACACUCACAAAAAUUGGGCACACACACACUGGACACACACACACACACUGGACACACACACACACACACACACACACACACACACACACACACACACACACACACACACACACACACACACACACACACUGGACACACACACACACACACACACACACUGGACACAUACACACUGUGCAUCUUCCUAUAAUUGUGAGGACCUUGACUCAGGACCUUCAUGAAAAAAUAUCCAUGCAGGGCACCAGUCUAGGGAGGACCAGUGGUUGGACACACACCAGUGGUUGCUUGGCAGUUUCUGGAUCCCAGGUUCUAGAACAGCUUCUAUCCCAGUUCUAUCUGCCUGUUAAAUCAGUUUCUGGACCACAGGUUCUAGAACAGCUUCUAUCCCAGUUCUAUCUGCCUGUUAAAUCAGUUUCUGGAUCCCAGGUUCUAGAACAGCUUCUAUCCCAGUUCUAUCUGCCUGUUAAAUCAGUUUCUGGACCACAGGUUCUAGAACAGAUUCUAUCCCAGUUCUAUCUGCCUGCUAAAUCAGUUUCUGGACCACAGGUUCUAGAACAGCUUCUAUCCGAGUUCUAUCUGCCUGUUAAAUCAGUUUCUGGAUCACAGGUUCUAGAACAGCUUCUAUCCCAGUUCUAUCUGCCUGUUAAAUCAGUUUCUGGAUCACAGGUUCUAGAACAGCUUCUAUCCCAGUUCUAUCUGCCUGUUAAAUCAGUUUCUGUAUCACAGGUUCUAGAACAGCUUCUAUCCCAGCGUCACUCAAUUCCCCCAAAACAACAUGCAGUCUUUCCACAAGACUCCCAUGAAGUUAUAGUGUGACGUUAUGAGAUGACGUUAAAGUAACAUUCUCAAAACAUACUGCACUUGUUUUAAACUGUUUUAGAUGUGUCCUCUGUUUAUCAUCUUGUUUUAUACUGUUUUAGAUGGAUCCUCUGUUUAUCAUCUUGUUUUAUACUAUUUUAGAUGGAUCCUCUGUUUAUCAUCUUGUUUUAUACUAUUUUAGAUGGAUCCUCUGUUUAUUAUCUUGUUUUAGAUGGAUCCUCUGUUUCUCAUCUUGUUUUAUACUGUUUUAGAUGGAUCCUCUGUUUAUCAUCUUGUUUUAUACUGUUUUAGAUGGAUCCUCUGUUUAUCAUCUUGUUUUAUACUGUUUUAGAUGGAUCCUCUGCUUAUCAUCUUGUUUUAGAUGGAUCCUCUGUUUAUCAUCUUGUUUUAUACUGUUUUAGAUGGAUCCUCUGUUUAUCAUCUUGUUUUAUACUGUUUUAGAUGGAUCCUCUGUUUAUCAUCUUGUUUUAUACUGUUUUAGAUGGAUCCUCUGUUUAUCAUCUUGUUUUAUACUGUUUUAGAUGGAUCCUCUGUUUAUCAUCUUGUUUUAUACUGUUUUAGAUGGAUCCUCUGUUUAUCAUCUUGUUUUAUACUGUUUUAGAUGGAUCCUUUGUUUAAACAUUUCAACUCUUACAAUAACACCGUUAAAAUACCAAUGUGAUCAUUUGUUGUACGUCUUUUAUGUUGAAUAACAAAUAGUACAAUUAUAUAUGGACAUACUCUCCACAUACGCUCCUGAUGUCACAGGAAGGCCAUAAAGAUCAUCAAGGACAACAACCACCCAAGCCACUGCCUGUUCACCCCGCUAUCAUCCAGAAGGCGAGGUCAGUACAGGUGCAUCAAAGCAGGGACCGAGAGACUGAAAAACAGCUUCUAUCUCAAGGCCAUCAGACUGUUAAACAGCCACCACUAACAUUGAGUGGCUGCUGCCAACAUACUGACUCAACUCCAGCUCACUUUAAUAAUGGGAAUGGAUGGAAAUUGAUGUAAAAAAAAAUGCAUCACUAGCCACUUUAAACAAUGCCACUUAAUAUAAUGUUUACAUACCCUACAUUACUCAUCUCAUAUGUAUAGACUGUACACUAUACCAUCUACUGCAUCUUGCCUAUGCCGUUCUGUACCAUCACUCAUUCAUAUAUCUUUAUGUACAUAUUCUUUAUCCCUUUACACUUGUGUAUAUAAGGUAGUAGUUGUGGAAUCGUUAGGUUAGAUUACUAGUUGGUUAUUACUGCAUUGUCGGAACUAGAAGCACAAGCAUUUCGCUACACUCGCAUUAACAUCUGCUAACCAUGUGUAUGUGACAAAUUAAUUUUGAUUUGUUGUACAAGUAUA